AUGGUCUGUAUGUAUGUGUCUUUGCAUCGGAAUCAGCUUGAAUGUGGCAUUGCUGGGAACAACCGUCGUAUAGUGGGUGGCACAACUGUCCAGCCACAUGAAUAUCCUUGGCUCGUAUCCCUCAUGCUUGGUCCCAAGCUGCAUUGUGGUGGAGCCAUCAUCACGGAUAUACACAUUCUCACUGCUGGUCAUUGCAUUACAUUUGGCGUCCACUAUCGUGACUUAACUGUGUACGUGGGCAUGCACGACCGCUUGGACACAUCAUACACAACCAUGCAUGUGGCAAAUGGAAUAAAACAUCCCCAAUUUACCUCCAACGCCGUUAGGGACAUCAAUGAUAUAGCAGUUCUUACUCUCGAUAAGAAACUUCGGUUUUCAGAUAAUGUUAGACCUAUAUGCCUGCCGGAUGAAACCAUGGACUUUAAAAAUUUACCCCUGACCGUGGCAGGGUGGGGUAAGACCAGACAAGGUGCGUUAACAUCAUCGAGAUACUUACUGGAGACAAAAGUACAAAUUGUAAACUCUGAAAAGUGCAGAAAAUCUGCCAUAUACAAAGACAAUCUGGUCCCUGAUACUAUGAUGUGUGCAUACAGCCUCGGCAAAGAUGCAUGUCAGGGCGAUAGCGGCGGACCAUUAUUUUCUACACACCGAAGAACACAUAAUAAGAGAUGGUAUCAAGUUGGUAUAGUUUCAUGGGGCAUAGACUGUGCAAUGCCAGACUAUCCAGGUGUCUACACAAUAGUCUCAAAAUAUGUAAACUGGAUUAAGCAACAAACACAACAAGGGACCUUCUGUUCAGAAACGAACGUUUCUUAG